CUCUCUUACCACAGCUCUCUGUGUCCUGUGGCUCACGAACUUCCUUGUGACACGCCCGACGCACCUCUUCCCGUUUUUCGCUGGAAUCUACUACCGAAAUUCGCUGAAGUCGACUUGGAAAUACGCACGCAGUGGAGCCGUCAGAGCCCUAGACUACAGUCCACCGCAAGCAGGACAUAGACGCUCUCUAUAGGUGCGCGAGGAACAAGCCAGCAGCAGGGCUGGGAUACCAGGAGCAAGGGUGCAGGAGCUUUCGACGACCAUCGCCGAUAACGUACGCCAGCUGAACCAGCUGCUUGCAUCAUGGCAAAGAAGCUAACUUUCAACGACGAGAAGCGGGACAACGGGCCGGGGGUGCUGCAGACGCUGGUGGUAACCGGGAGAUCACUGGGAGUGGCGGGGUUCGGGUGGGCACAGUGGGCGGCGAAAAAGACGGGGCGAACGGGCUGGGUGCUUCUGACAACAGCCGUCGUUACUCUUGUGCCUUUAGUCUUCGAGAUCACUCGGGAAGCACAGCUUAUCGAGCAGGAGAAGAUUCACAUCAACGCUCUGCUGGCGGAGGGGAAAACGCGCCAGGAGAUCGCACAGAUGGGGUUGUACUCGGCGCUCGACCCCAACGUCAUGGGUCCCGAGGCGUCAUGAUUUUUUUUGGUUCGUGUUUCUUUUUUGGUCCUUUUCUUGUCCCCUUGUGUCACUGAAUCCUUGUGUUUUUUUUGCUCUGGGACUGGUGUGUGUUGGUGGCAACCUUCCGCUGGGGGAGGCACGGGAAGACGUAGUUGUUUCUUAAAUCCGGUUAGCUUUUGUGAAGCGGGUCCGGAAGUGGUGACCGAGUUCUUUGGCAUGUUGUUGUGAGCCGGAGACGUGCUAUUACAUGAGUGAGCGAUCAGUUUUAGUUGUUGAGGUUGAGCAGCUGCCUCACCGUUUGAGCUCUCUUGAGCUCUCUCAAUGUAGAUGCGCUCCAGUCGUGACGGAGGGGUUCCAAACAUGCAGCACCAACGGCGUUUGUUUCUCGUUGUCGCCCAAUAUGGGCGGUUUGAUCGCCCCGGUGGCCUAGGUUGCAGGAAAACGUUGAAGAGCGUCGGGAGUUCGACUGUCGGCGAAAGGCGUGUCCGAUCUUUCGUAGCUUGACGGGGCCGUAGCGUGCUUGUUCUUGAGUAAACUUCAGCAAAGGACGGCUGAAGCGCUCUCGCGUAAAAACGUCGACGUCAAGCG